UCGCAUACUCGUGUCUUUGUUUCGCCGUUGUCACUCUGCAACAACAACCGGCCACGAGCAAUCACGAUGUCGUCGUUCCUCUACAACCUCCUUGUCUUCUCGCCAUUACUACUUCUCGCAGCUGGCGCGUUAUAUCUACUCGAUAACUAUGGGCGUCCCCCACCGCCGCAGCCAGUGUUGCAGCCGGAUGGAGAGGCGGAGCAGGAAGAAGUAGAGGACACAGCGACACCGGCAUCUCUCGAACUCUCCGACGACGACGAGGGUGACGAGCCCUUCGGCGACGACGACGGCGGCCAAUCCGAAGCAGAAGCAGAAGAAGACGAGGAACCACCCGUUGAUCCCGGCAAUCCGCAACCUCUCCGCGCCACUCGAUCCCGCGUCGUCGGCACGAAGAAAGCGCGCUCCCUCGCCGCGCGGGACCGCCGUCGAGCCUACCACGAAUUCCUGCAGUCGCAGGCACAGCAGCGGGAAAAAGAGGAGGAAGCUGCCCGUGAAGAAGACGAGGCGCGCGCAUUCGAGAAUGCGCGGCGGCGGUACCUCCUCGAGGACGAGAUCGCGGCCAGGAAGCAGGCGGAGCGGGAGGAGAGGCUCCUGAGGGAAAAGGCCGAGAGGGAGAGGGAAGCGAAGGAUGCGGCUGAGGUUGUCAGGGUCAUGAGGGACGGCAGGUCGGUGGUGCUGAAGGACGUCGCUGGAAGGCUCGGGAGGAGCGAGGAGUGGGUGGGCAGGAUCGUCAAACGGGAGGGGUUUCUUGGGACCGCGGAGGAUGGUGCGGUGGGAAUGGUUACGAAGAAGGGCGUGUGGGUCAGGUUUGACAAGGAGAUGGCCGAGAAGCUCCUCGCGACUCUCGGCGAGAGGGGAAGGAUGGAGUGGGGCGAGAUUGCCGAGGUCAUGGAGGGACUGUUGCGCGGCGAACGAUGAUUUCAUGAGCUAUGGUUUUGAUUUUACGGCGUUUGGCGUUCUACUUAGGCUCUGGACCGCAGUUUUUGCGGGAUGGCCAUAGAGGAGAGGAAGUGUCUUGUAGUAUAGUCUCAUGGUAAUUAAAUGUUUCUGCUUCCGUGGUG